AUGUCCGACGCAGCGUCGCGCGAUAUAAACGAUCUGUUCGACGACAUUGUGCUGACUGAGGAGAAACACGCUCGCCAGGGCUACGAGGAGGGCAUCAGCGAGGGUCGCACCCAAGGAAAUCACGAGGGCUAUCAACUUGGCUACGCGCAGGGCGUGCAACUUGGCGCUGAAUUGGGUGCCAUUUACGGCCAAGUGGUGGCACAACAACAACAACAGCAUACGGAAAAAGUGCAGCGCACAUUGCACCAGUUGCGGCAACUCAUCGAGCAGUUUCCGCGCUCCAACGACGAUCCUGAAGCAGAUAUCAUUGGCGCUAUUGAACACAUUCGCAACACUCAUCGACGCUUCUGCGCUCAGCUUGGCAACAAGCAGCAGAAGCAGAGUGGCAGCUUAGCACAAGAGCAACGGAAGGAUUACAGUUUCUAG